GACAACUUCUGCAUUUACUGCGCUGCACAGAUUUGAAUAUAUAAAAAUGCCUUAGCUCGGUGUUUCUGCCGUGACAGUGACACACAGUUAUCAGGAUUCACUCAGAGUUGCCGCACCACACAUCUCUGCGACUUUCUCUCGAGUUCAAACUGGCAGUUGGUGCUACAACAAGCACCUGAGGUCAGAUGAACCAAAGAGGUCAAAAUAGGACAGUGGAUUCACUUGUUUCCUGCAGACUGAUAAAUUGUUCUGAAUGAACAGAAGACAAAGAGUUGAAAAAAUGUUAACGAAGACGCAUUCACUGUCCAGUGGAAUGGAGAGUCUGAAGUAAUGGAGAACACAGAGGAGAGCCCUGCAUAUGAGCAGGACCCCGCGCCUCCAGAACGAGGACUUCUCCACAUCUGGCAGUCAGCGGGCCCCAGUGAGCAGCUCUCUCCAGAGAGAGUGCUGCUUUCCAGGCCCGUUCUGCACGCCACCGUGGGAGAACACCAUGGGCUCCUGCUGACACAGGGUGGUCAGGUGUAUUCAUUCGGGGAGCUGCUGUGGAGGGAUCUGAGCAUCCCGGCAUCUGCUCCGCUGCUGGAGGUGUCUCUCCUGGGGAAGACGGUGGUCCGUGUGGCUGCCGGCGGCUUCCACUGUGGAGCGCUGACGGAGCAGGGCCACAUCUACAUGUGGGGAGAGAACACUGCAGGACAGUGUGGGCUGACUGACAGGAGCACAGUCACAAACAUCACAGUUUCAGAGCCGUGCCUGGUCAGUGUCGUGGACAGUGAGGUGGUUCCUCAAGCAGUGGUUCGGAUUGUGGAUCUGGCCUGUGGACGGGAGCACAGCCUGGCUCUGUCAUCCCAGAAUGAGCUGUGGGCCUGGGGCAGUGGCUGCCAGCUUGGCCUGGUCACAAACAAUUUCCCUGUAUGGAGACCGCAGAAGGUGGAGCACUUGGCUGGCAGACAUGUAAUUCAGGUGGCCUGUGGUGCCUACCAUAGCCUGGCCCUUGUUCGCAGUUUACCUCCUCAGAACUACAAUACCCAGAACUGCCCUGAGAAGAGGGAACGGGGCCAGUCACCUCACUACUCAGUGACAGAGAGGGAGGAGCUGGUAACAGUUGAUGAUGCUCACUACUGUCCACUGGGGGUGGAGCUGUCGGAAGCCUUAACGGGCGAGACCUCUCCCAGGAGACGAGGCCCCAGACGAAGGCUCCAACCUGGGGGAAGGUCAGCUGGCAGCAGCCCUGGCUCUGGAGCUGGUUCAUGCCCAUUUUUUGAAGACCGCAAAUAUACCACUAAACAGAAGAAUUUCCCAGUUAGUGCCAGUAUCGAGCCUGACGGGCUCAACACUGACCAUAUGACUCAGACAGAUGGCAGCCCAAAGUCCUACUCACUGUCAGGCUGGAGGGCCAAUAAGAACUCCGCUUUCCCUGAUGAGACGGAGCUCCAGAGCCUCCUCCAGAAACUCUCUGGCCACACAUUAGAGACACAACACACCACUGGUCCUGGGGAUAGUGAUUCACUGAGCAGUCACACUUCAGACGACAGCUGUGUUUCCUCAACUCCCUCCACGGAUCUGUACACCUCCAGUUACAAAGAUGAAUCGUCAGUUAAGAGUCAAACCACCAAUAACAUUGGAGUGUCUGGGCCGUACUCCUCCUCCCCUGUGUGUUUGGAAGAAGUUCGGCUUCAUCUGGAGGCAGAGAAGAAGGAACUUCAGGGGCAGAAGAGCUCCAGUCUUACAAAUAUAAACCAGAAGGCAAAAACAGCCGCAAACAGGAGACGCUCACUGCCUGGAACACCCACCCAUGGGUCUCCACGGCGACGGCGGCAUUGUGCCUGCAGGCCAUCCUCUGCUGGUCGGACCCAGGCAGCAGCACCAGAGGAGGCAGGAGACGGGUUGCCGUCUCUGGAGACAGAAGUGUGGAGCUGGGGCCGUGGGUCUGAGGGGCAGCUAGGCCACGGAGAUCAGCUUGCUAGACUCCAGCCUCUGUGCAUUAAGUCUCUGACAGGCGAGGAAGUGAUCAAAGUUGCUGCAGGGUCACACCAUUCAUUAGCACUGAGUGCUCAGUGCCAGGUGUACUCAUGGGGCAGCAACAUGUGUGGACAGCUUGGUCAUGUCAACAGUCCUGUCACUGUUCCUCAACAGGCGAAGCUGUCUGACGGUCUCCGGGUUUGGGACGUGUCAGCUGGUCAGAGCCACUCCCUUCUCCUAGCUGACGGAGACUGUGUCCAGCCAAUACUUUUGUACUGCGGUCAGCGUCAAGAUCCAUUGUCAGCGCAGAGUGAGAGGUCACACCAGAAUCAAAGGUCAUGCCAGAGGUCACCCAACAGGGCGGAGAGUUAUACAGUCAGACCCACCCUGCUGCCUUUGUGCAUGGAGAUGGGUUAUAUUAGCAGCGUGUACAGUGGCGGUCAGAGCUGUGCGGUGUUGGCAGACCAGAACAUUAUGGGCUUCAUCUCAGCUAUCCACGAGCUGGCCUCCAGAGAGAGACACUUCUACUGCUGGUUGAGCAGCGUCAGGAAGCUCCUCCUUACCCCGCUACGUAACAGAGAGGGUGUGUGCCCAUCAUUAGGUGAGCCUUGCACUCAUCUCUUCUUCUCUCUCUGUGAGAGUUUUGUUCAUCUGAGCGUCCUGAUUGGUCAACACUCCACGUCACUCAGCUACUUCCUGCAUGAUGUGCAGGGCCGUGAUGUCACCUCCUUUCCACUACUGACACACACCGAGCACUUCCUGGACAUUUAUAAAGAGUACUGUUCUGCAUUAGGUAACUUCCAGGUGAUGGGUGGAUUCCAGUCACUCCAUAAACUCUCACUUGAGUAUUUAGGAUCUCAGCAGGCCAUGCUCACUCAGCUGUGUGUUUCAGAACAGUCUGUCAGUGGUGACAUUGAUCUGGUUUCAUUGUUAUACUGGCCUCAGCAGCAGCUCCACCAAUACAGCCGAGUCCUGCUCAAACUGGCAGCCUGCUAUGAUGUGUUCACGAUGGAGUAUCAGUCUCUCCAUCAGGCCUGUAGUCAGUAUGAGUCCCUGUCUUUGUCCCUGUUGAGGAGGAAGAAGGAGGCUGAAACCACAUUUCUCUUCUGGAAGACCCACUCUGGAAAAAAUACUGAGGUUCUGCGUCUACCACAGCGUCGUGUAGUGUGUGAAAGCAGCAACAGAUCUCUGACCCUGCAGAAUGCCGGGCGGUUCUCCAACCACUGGUUCAUACUGUUCAACGAUGCACUGGUGCACACACAGUUCUCCACGCAUCACAUCUAUCCUCUGACCUGCCUGUGGGUGAAACCAGUCACUGAAGACAGCAGCAGACUCUAUGCCAUCAAAAUUACAUGUCCAGAGGAGAGUUUCACCGUGGUGGCCUCAACACCACAAGAGAAGAACAAGUGGCUGCGAUCUCUUAACCAAGCAGUGGAUCAGGUGCUGGGUGGUGGAGGUCAGGGGUCAUUGCCAGGGGUGGCGGCAAUGUCUCGUACCGCUUCUUACAUGUUCACUGGAGAAGGACGGUUUAAAGACGCCCAUUACAACGGGGGCUGGCUGGCAGGACGAAUUCAUGGCAGAGGAACCAUGAAGUGGCCAGAUGGACGGACGUACACCGGGAACUUUAAGAAUGGACAGGAGGAUGGCUAUGGGGAAUGUAUAAUACCUAACAAAGUGCUGAAUAAACCAGACACCUACCAAGGACACUGGAGAGAUGGCAAGAUCCAUGGUUUUGGCAAGUACAAGUAUGCCAGUGGCGAGGUGUACGAGGGCUGUUUCUGUGAUGGGCAGCGGCAUGGUUACGGCAUGCUGAGCUCCGGUAAACAGGUCAGAACCUCCAGCGUUUUCAUUGGCCAGUGGGUGCAGGACAGGAAGACAGGGUACGGCGUCUACGAUGACAUCACCAGAGGUGAGAAGUAUAUGGGAUUGUGGCUGGAUGACCAGAGGCAUGGUAGCGCUGUGGUUGUCACACAGUCCAGUGUGUACUAUGAAGGGACCUUCAAAGAGAACAAGAUGAAUGGUCCAGGGCUGCUUGUGUCCGAUGACGACACAGCUCUCAAUGGGGAGUUUUCUGAUGACUGGACUGUCAACGGGAAGGGUGUUUUGUCCUUGGCUAACGGUGAUUGUAUAGACGGCCUGUUCAGUGGAGAGUGGAGCGCAGGGCUGAAGGUGGUGGGAACAUACAACAAACCAGCCAUCGAUGAACCUGAAAACAAAGAGAGAAACAGCCUGUUCAGGUUGGGUCAGUAUGUGGUGCCUGCAGGUCAGAGGUGGGUCUGUGUGUUUAAUGAAUGUUGGAGUCGACUGGGCUGUGAUGUAGCUGGGAGAGGAGAGAGGACUACAGCCUGGGAGAACAUUGCUGUUACCAUAACAACUGCACGGCGCCACAGCCCAGACCUCAGUAGGUCUCAGAGCAAAGUAUUGGAGUGUUUGGAGUUUAUUCCCCAGCACGGAGAACCUGUCACCACUGCAAACUAUGACAACAUACGACGAUAUCUCAUCAAGGCAUGUGAGACCCCCCUCCACCCUCUGGGCUGGCUGGUGGAGACGUUGGUAACAGUUUACAGGAUGACUUACGUCGGUGUGGGAUCCAACCGCAGGCUGCUCAGGCUGGCUGUCCAGGAGGUCCAGGCUUACCUCAUUCAUUACUACAGCAUUGUCAGGUUUCUGUUUCCAGGGUUACCAGAUGAUGGUGGCAUCAUCCCAGACCCUCCAACCUCCCCAUCCACAAGCAGGCACAACUCUAACACAGCAGAGCAAGGUGUUGUGGUGGUGAGCUGCUCCUCUCUGCUCCUCCCUCUGCUGCUCCCUCGACUCUACCCUCCUCUCUUUACCCUGUACUGCCUGCAGGAGGAGCAGGAGGAGGCCCAGUACUGGGAGCGCAUCCUUCGACUCAACAAACAGCCCGACCAGUCACUGCUCAGCUUCUUGGGAGUGCAGGAGAAAUUCUGGCCAGUGUGGAUGUCAAUUCUUGGAGAGAAAAAACAGAUUGUGUCCAGCAGUAAAGAUGCCUGCUUCGUUUCUGCUGUAGAGACACUCCAACAAAUCAGCACCACCUUCACUCCAUCAGACAAACUCCUGGUCAUCCAGAAAACAUUUGAGGAGUUGACCCAGGAAGUAAGACCUAUGCUUGAUGGUAAUUUCCUGUGGUGCAUGGAUGACCUGCUCCCCCUCUUCAUCUACGUGGUUCUCAGAGCUAGGAUCAGGAACCUGGGAGCUGAGGUCAGUCUGAUAGAAGAUCUGAUGGACCCCAACGUCCAGCAUGGAGAGAUGGGACUAAUGUUCACAACACUGAAGGCCUGCUAUAUCCAGAUCCAGCAUGAAUCGACUACGUAAAAGGGGAGAGGAGGAGGCCCCACAGUCAGCAGGAUGUGGGAACUGCAGUGAUUGCACAGUUACACACAGGAGCUGCCAGAACAAACCAGUCAAACCACGUGUAUUCCACUGGUAGCCACUGGGAAGCUGCAGUGAACAGAGGGUGUGGAGAGUCUAACACCCUCACCUUCUGUCAGGAAAUAAUAUCUGACACUCCAGUUUUGAUCCUAUUGGUAUGUCACAGAACUCCAGAGUUCCUUCAUUUCUAUUAAAGACAGCAUUCAGAGGAAAGCAACAUAUUGCCCUCUUGUGGACAUAUUAGAAAACUGCCUUAUCAUCUUCAUUGCAAAGGCAACGCUGUAAAAACACU